AUGAGGCUGGCGCGGCUGCUGCGCGUCGCCGCGGCCGGCCCGGGCCCCGGGCUGCGCACCGCCCGCCCCAGCGCCCGCCGCAGCCUCACCUCGGACGCGGGCUCCGGCCCGGCGCCCGAACGGGGCGUUCCGGGCCAAGUGGACUUCUACGCGCGCUUCUCGCCGUCCCCGCUCUCCAUGAAGCAGUUCCUGGACUUCGGAUCAGUGAAUGCUUGUGAAAAGACCUCAUUUAUGUUUCUGCGGCAAGAGUUGCCUGUUAGAUUGGCAAAUAUAAUGAAAGAAAUAAGUCUUCUUCCAGAUAAUCUUCUCAGAACUCCAUCAGUUCAGUUGGUACAAGGCUGGUAUAUCCAGAGCCUUCAGGAACUUCUUGAUUUUAAGGAUAAAAGUGCUGAAGUUGCUAAAACUAUUUAUGACUUUACAGAUACUGUAAUACGUAUCAGGAACCGGCAUAAUGAUGUUAUUCCCACAAUGGCCCAGGGUGUGAUUGAAUAUAAGGAGAGCUUCGGGGUAGAUCCUGUCACCAGCCAGAAUGUUCAGUACUUUUUGGAUCGUUUCUACAUGAGUCGCAUUUCAAUUAGAAUGUUACUCAAUCAGCACUCCUUAUUGUUUGGUGGAAAGGGCAAAGGCAGCCUAUCUCACCGAAAACACAUCGGAAGCAUAAAUCCAAACUGCAAUGUAGUUGAAGUUAUUAAAGAUGGCUAUGAAAAUGCUAGGCGUCUGUGUGAUUUGUAUUAUAUUAACUCUCCUGAACUAGAACUUGAAGAACUAAAUGCAAAAUCACCAGGACAGCCAAUACAAGUGGUUUAUGUGCCAUCCCAUCUCUAUCACAUGGUGUUUGAACUUUUCAAGAAUGCAAUGAGAGCGACAAUGGAGCACCAUGCUGACAAAGGUGUUUACCCACCUAUUCAAGUCCACAUCACACUAGGUAAUGAGGACUUGACUGUGAAGAUGAGUGACAGAGGAGGUGGUGUUCCUUUGAGGAAAAUCGACCGACUCUUCAACUACAUGUACUCGACUGCACCACGGCCUCGCGUUGAAACGUCCCGAGCAGCACCCUUGGCUGGUUUUGGUUAUGGAUUGCCCAUAUCACGUCUUUAUGCGCAAUACUUCCAAGGAGAUCUAAAGCUAUAUUCCCUAGAGGGUUACGGGACAGAUGCCGUUAUCUACAUUAAGGCUCUGUCGACAGAAUCCAUAGAAAGACUCCCAGUGUACAACAAAGCCGCCUGGAAGCAUUACAACACCAACCAUGAGGCUGACGACUGGUGUGUCCCCAGCAGAGAACCAAAGGACAUGACUACGUUCCGCAGUGCCUAGAUACACUUGACACCCGGAAAGCCCAAAUGUGGCUUUUGCAUUAAAUUUGGAAGGGACAGUGUUCAGAACUAUACCAAAAUAUUUCAUGUGUUAUUUUCAGUUAUCUAUUUGACUAGCGUUUAUGCCUGUUAGGCUUCCUUAAGGAUAAGAUUGUACUUAUAUUUUCACAACUAGUUGAACAUAUUUUUAAACAACUAUGGUUUCGAUCAGAUUUCCUCUUUAUGGUAGACUUCAGAAGUGUGGGUGUGUUUGAGUUUCUACAAGAAGUAAUGUUUUUUUUUAAAAAUACCUUUAUGUCUGCUAGAAACAUUUUCUUAAUAAUACUGGUUAGCUCGUUAGCCCAUCUUUCUGUUUUAUGGGGGAGUUCUGUCAUCCUUUAUUUAGUUGGGACAACUGUAAUAAGAUGGUCUUCAGGUGUACAAGUGACCAACAACUACAGGUCAAGCAGAAAGUGUAGAACCAGCUACUUCUCAGCAUCUGCAUGCAUUGUCUUAGCUGUGAAAGUAAGUUAUCAUUUUAAAAUUCUAUUGCAAUGUAAUAACUAGUCUACUAUGGACCUAAGUCAUGAUCACAAGGAUUCUACUUUGAAUGUGUUUGUGACUAACGCAAGGGGAGUUUUUUUUAUAUUAAAACAAACUGGCAGCUGCUAAAGUUCUAGAGAAAUUUAGGACAAAGCGGUGAAUCUCCAAAACUGAACUAUCCAGUGUUGUGAUUACCUGAGAACUUUUGAGAAACAGUUUUUUUGGGUCCUACUAUGGACAUGUUGAAUCAAAUUGAUUCAGUAUGAACUCUGUGGCUGGAGUUCAGAAUCUCAAUUUUUAAAAUGCUUUCUAGGUAAGUCUGAUGCCUUACCUAAUUACGGAACUACUCUUUUGAAGUGCAUAAAUGAUGAUACCACAUUUGCUAAAAUAAUAAAGUUUGAAGUUUCGGUUUUCAUCUAUUGAAAAGUCCUAAGUUUAAACUCAAGGAGUGACAAACUGAAUUACAGGACUGGUGCAAUUAGAAGCAGGAGACAGGAGAAUAGUCAGAUAACCAAAGGGCCAGAACCAUAAAUGUACAAGUCUUGUCAACUAUGUAUGUUUUAAAAAAACGUAUCUAGAAUUUAUUUUGACAAGAUAUUUCUAAACCCAAAUAUCAUCUUGGGCUUAUCACAACAAUCCUUUGCAUUCAUAUGGCAAUUUGUGGUUUACAAAUACUUUGAUAUGUUAACUAUUGGGCUUUCAAAUAGAGAGUUAUAGAAUCAUAAAGAGCCUGGUGAUAAUCAGCCUUGUUGUGAGACUCAGAGUGUUGUCCAAAGUUGCACAGAAUUGGCGCCAGGGCCCAGGUCGUAUCUGCUGAUCAAUCCCUCUUGUCAGCUGCCACGUCCAGGAGAACCAUGAAGUCAGGAGACUGUGUUAUUAGUUAUUGCUAUACCUCAUCUUUAAAAAUGACAGGGAAAUGCAUUGAAAAUAAAUUUUAAAGUAACAUUUAAAAUGUUUAAAGAACAGCUUUACUGCUUAAAUGGGGGAUUUAUUUAUCUAGAAAAUACUUUGAGUUGAAGCACCUCAUUCUUGAAAGGAUUACGUAAACUUAACAGUUCUAUAUAAAUUUGUUGAUUGGAAGGAUGUGAAAGGGCAGUUCCCCCAGGACCCUCAUGUGAGAGGUGAUGAGCUGUAACUCCGGGUGUGGGGUUUGCCCUGGGCUUCUCAGCUAAUCUGACCAAAUGUUGAGGAGAUCUUUUACUUAGCCUGUCACUCCUUAAUUACGGAUUUUAUGAAAAAGCAAUAGGAUAUACUAAUAGAUGAUUUCUAUUAGUUCAGUGUGUUGCAGUUUUUUAGCGUUAAGUUAUACUUUUCUUGUAAUGAUGAAAUAUUUUAGAAUCCUUUGAAUCAAAGUAUUCAAUUUCUUUCUUAAAUGAGACAUUUGUACAACUGACAUUAACUUGAUGUUUCUACUUAUAAAACAUGCUCCUAUCCCCAACCCCAAAUUCAAGCUCUUCCCUCUAUUUAAGAAGAAAUGGUGUUUUCAAAAGAAAAGUGAAAUAUUUAUUUUCCUUUAGGAAAAUAUUUUCUUUUUAAGGCAUUUUUACUUUGUUGUGGCAAUGGACAGAGAAUUACAUACAAAAAUAUUUGGGGGGAUGCUUUUUCCUAGUUGUUUUUAAAUCAUUGUGCUACCUGAAAAAGUUUUUAGAUUCUUACACUAUUUUGUUCACCAGCACUUAAUGUGAUGUGGUAUAGGUAUAAAAAUUUACUAAAGGGUAAGUGAAUAAUAAGUGAUUUUUUUAUAACCUGGGCAUUUAAUGUAUGUGCCAACACUUUAAAGAAAGAAUUGCAAAAAUAUUCUGUCCUGUACUUCAAAUACUGGCUGACUUUGGGUGUCUUCAUACUUCAUUGCAAUCACUUUCUUGCACUGUGUGGUGUUUUUACAUGAAAAUGUUGAAGUGCAAGUCAACCAUAUUCUUUUAUAAAAUCUUUUGUGUAUGAAAACAUGGAUCCACUCUUUAUUUGAAAAUAAAUUGGGUCUACGUAGGCUUUUAAAAAUAUGAUUAUGUCUUUUAUUUUUUUUAUUUUUUAAUUUUUUAAAUAUUUUAAAAAUUUUAAAAAUGCCCGACCCCCAUCUCCUCCUCCGCCACCCACUGUCUACGGUCCUGGAGGCUCCACCGCCAGGGCCUCCCCAGCACUUCCCCCACCUUCCCUCCAUGAUUAUGUCUUUUAAAUAAGUCUCUUCCAUCAUCAAGGGUGAACAUUCUAUAAACAUUCAGAAAUUGUAGCUAGGUGACUUUCACUGAAUUUCACUAUCUUCAGUAGCGGAAGUAUUUGGAACCUAGAUUUCUAAUGUGUAUAUUUUAAUGGAGGAAGUAAGAAGUAGAGUUGUAUGGUUGGAGUUAGCCUAGAUUUUUAUUAUCCAAACAUCUGCAGGUAACUGACAUCACAUAAAUAAAAAUCUGUCAUGUGAUUUUAAAAGAUUGUAUCUAAUGUGUUCUUGGAAUAAUUUUUCACAGUAUGGGUACUUAUAGUAAAGGUCUUAAAUUAACCCACAUUACCCACUGCUUUUACCAGUUGAAAGUCAGA